CGCCCGCGGUCGGGCAAGGGGCUUGGGAUCAUGCGGGCGAUUGCGCAGGGCUGGGCGCUGGCCCUGCUGCUGGGGCUCUGCUACGCCGGGCAGCAGCCUGGCAGGCCUCGCAACGUUCUCCUCCUUGUGGCUGAUGAUGGUGGUUUUGAGAGCGGUGCAUACAACAACACAGCCAUUGAUACUCCAAACCUGGACGCCUUGGCCCAGCGUAGCUUGAUCUUCAGGAAUGCCUUUACCUCUGUCAGCAGCUGUUCUCCUAGCAGGGCCAGCCUCCUGACAGGCCUGCCCCAGCACCAGAAUGGGAUGUAUGGGCUGCAUCAGGACGUACAUCACUUCAACUCCUUCGACAGUGUUCGUAGCCUCCCGCUAUUGCUUAGCAAGGCAGGGAUCCGAACCGGGAUUAUUGGGAAAAAGCAUGUUGGACCAGAGACUGUGUAUCCUUUUGACUUUGCCUACACUGAAGAGAACGGCUCUGUCUUGCAAGUGGGGAGGAAUAUCACUCGGAUCAAGCUGCUGGUUCGGAGGUUCUUCCGCAGCCAAGAUGAGAAGCCUUUCUUCCUCUAUGUUGCUUUCCAUGAUCCUCACCGCUGUGGCCACUCGCAACCCCAGUAUGGAACCUUUUGUGAAAAAUUUGGCAACGGAGAGCCUGGAAUGGGCUUGAUCCCAGACUGGAAUCCCCAGCACUACAGCCCAGAUCAAGUGCAGGUCCCAUAUUUUGUGCAAGAUACACCAGCUGCUCGUGCAGAUUUGGCUGCUCAGUACACAACCAUUGGGCGCAUGGAUCAAGGCAUUGGUCUUGUCCUGGAGGAGCUACACAAUGCUGGUUUCAACAACAACACACUUGUGAUCUACACUUCAGACAACGGUAUCCCUUUCCCCAGUGGCAGAACCAACCUAUAUUGGUCAGGCACGGCUGAACCCCUCCUCAUCUCUUCCUCUGAGCAUCCGGCACGCUGGGGCCAGGUCAGCCAUGCCUAUGCCAGCCUUCUGGAUAUCACUCCUACCAUUUUGGAUUGGUUCUCUGUGCCAUAUCCCAGCUACAGCCUCUUUGGGAAGCGGAUGGUGCAACUCACAGGGAAGUCCCUGCUGCCAGCCCUGUUGUCCGAGCCACCGUGGGUGACUGUGUUUGCGAGCCAGAGCUUGCACGAGGUGACCAUGCAUUAUCCCAUGCGGGCUGUGCAGCGUGGCCCCCUGCGCUUCAUCCACAACCUGCAGAACCGCACGUCCUUCCCCAUCGACCAAGAUUUCUAUGUUUCACCCACGUUCCAAGACCUGCUGAAUAGGACUCAGGCAGGGCAGCCCACCCACUGGAAUAAGACAUUGCACAGCUACUAUUACCGAGAACGUUGGGAGCUGUAUGAUCACAGCGUGGACCCCACCGAGAGCCAAAACUUGGCUUCUGACCCCCGCUACGCACAGCCUCUGCAGGAGCUACAAGGGCUGCUGCUGAAGUGGCAGUGGGAAACAGAUGACCCCUGGGUGUGUGUACCUGACGGGGUCCUGGAGGAUAAGCCCAGCCCCCAAUGUCGGCCUCUCCACAAUGAACUGUGAUUUUAGUUCCUCGCUCUUUGCGGUUGCUGUUACUUCCUCAUUCCAAGCAGCAACAACAGGAAAAGAACUUAAAGCAACCAAAGCAGGCUUCAGUUUCAGCUUGCAAACUCUGAGAUAUUAUAGACCUAAACAUUUACGAGGCUGCCGUUGGGAGGAGGAGCUGCUGUCAAAUGCCAGAGCGUGAUUACCGCCUGCAGAAAGGGAAGGGCUUGUCAGUGAUCUGAGCACUAACAUGUAUACAGCCAGCUUAGGUGCAGACUACCCCAUCCGAAUGGUUUGGUGUCAAAGAGACAGCACAGCUACCCAAUGGAACAGAACAUUCGGCAGGCAAGACCCACCCGUCCAGCUCAACAAGAGACUGGCCUCAUCCAGACUGUGGUUUGUUUUAUCAGAAAUAGCGCCUUUCUAGGAACUUGAAGAGGAUGGGCCAGAGCCAGUUCAAAACGUCAGAAGAGCACAUGGCUCAGUCCUCUCACAGCAGUCCGUACCACCUUAGAAUACACACAUGGGGGAAUCAUUUUGAAAGCACUGCCUUCCCAGAUGUUCACACGUGUGCAAAACUAGUGAGCAGAGAUGUAACAAGUUUCAAAGCCAGCGAGCAAUUCUCUAUCUGUAUACUGUGGUGGAAUAGGCUCAUAAAGACAGCUAAUCCGUAUUCAAGACAAUACAUUUAAUUGGCCUGUUAAUCCUAGAAUAGGCAUCCAUGUUGCUAAAACUACUAUAUGUAGGGAAGCAAGUGGGGCAUCGCUGGUUCUGAGCAGAUUGCUUCAGUUUCCUGAAAGUGUCAACAGCAGCUAGAAGAGCUGGAGCUUCAUUCGCUACCUCUGUUAAGGAUAAGGUGGGGAAUUCCCUCAAAUUCUUGUCUCAGAAUCACAGUUCCACACAUCAGUAAGAGGCAGGAAACGUGUAGAAAAUGAUACCAAGAAUUUUAAUUCAACACUGUUACAAUUCAAAUUGAGACAUCUAUUUACAUGUUGCUUUACAAAAUGAGAUAAAAUCUGAUGCUUAUUUUUCAUAAGCUGGAUAUGUAAAAACAAACAAACGGAUAAAAUAUGAAGAGAACUAGGAAAGAGACAAAGGCGAUAGAACUUGGUUGUUUUCUCUCUGGCAUUCACACAUGUAGGAUAUUAACAGUACAAAAUUCUGAAGAACCAGAUGUUGGAUUCUGGGAUACCCAGUACAAUAAAUGAGAGACCACAUGGUCACAGGGAUCUGAGAAGACUGCAAGACCAACGCAGUGCAAAUUACACAGGAUACCACUGUUUGUACAUUAUAAUGUAUAUGCAGUGGCACUUCUGAUGAGAUCUCUUUUUAAUAUGUACAAUAUAUUUCAUUUUUUUUUCAAUUUAAGAAAAGACUUUUAAAAGGUACAAGCUUCCAAACCAUACACAUGCUUAAAAAUCACUAUGACUUCAACUUGUAACUAUGUUGAAUAAACUAUUAACUAAAUUUAGACAUCAUGCAAAACUAUGGUUUAACUAAACCGACUGUAGUUAGUAGGAUAGUCUGAAGACGGGUCUCUCUAACAGCAGUGAUUAAAUAGGGUCUGUCAAACUGAUAUUGAACCAUAGUGUGAAGUUGGUUUAUUAACUGCAGUUAGUUUUAAGUAUAAUUGUGUGUGACAUGUAAAUGUAGACAUGCUGGGUUAGUUUGUUCCCCAAUAACACCUUCCUUGGCUACAGAACAAAGCUGAUGACACCAGAAUUGGAGUGGCCAUCUGCAAGAUGAACCCUGGGCUGUUUCCAGAUGACUUACCUGCACCCGGAACAACGUCACGCAAAACUUGCAUGAGAAAACACGAUAUUUCGCGUUUUUCCCGCAAUGUGGUGUGACGUUCCGGGUGCAGGUAAGCCAUCUGGAAACGGCCCUGGUUUCAUAAACUCACCAUAGUUACAGUAAGUCAUAGUUUCACGUUAUGCCUGAAACUGAGCAGAUCAAUUCGGACUGGAACAGAACCAUGCCUCAUGUUCUCUAGAUUAUGUUUCAGAACAUGUUGACAAGAGUAAUGUUUUUAGCAGCACAUUUCCUUUGCCAAAACAUAGCGUAACUGGUUGGUCAGCAACAUUCUAGUUGCUCAAAACGUUUUUACAAUUGAUGCCUUCUACCACCCUGAAAUUUCAGAAAGUGUGUAAUUCUUUUGCAAUAAAAAUGACAAUGAAUUCUG